AUGAAGGAGCAAGCAAAAACUAAGAAGCGUAAUGAUACUCGCAUUUCAUGGCCUAAGUUUCCCUCCUUUGGCAAAGGACGGAAGUCACGUUUUACAAGGUCUCACAGUUCCUCAGAAGCUGAUGAGCAGAGAAAGCUGGAGCUGAGCCCCUCCACAAGUUACACAGAGUCACCUAUAAAAUCUCAGGAUGCCGUCAAAGGCAAGAAGAAGCAUAAGCUAAAGCUGUCUGGUCUAACGAAGAAAAGCCGUGUAAGUUCUUCUGAAGAACAGGACACAGAUGCACCAACACCUGGGCAGGUCAGUGGCGCUGACAUUCACCAGACACAGGAAGCAUCAGACAUGCUUUCACCUGGCCGCCUUGAAAGCCCCCCUGGAGAAACACCUAAUGCCUAUGCGACAGAUGUUUUGACAGUAGUGGAAGACUCAGACUUAAGACUUGAACAAAAUCAACAAAAACUGACUGAACCUCAAACUGUUCAACACAAAGCGGAACUCAUCACUGUAGACGGCACUUUGAAAACAACAGAUCUUACUGUGGCUCUGGCAGAUCAAGAAUCUGGUAUCAAGUCCCCUGAUGGAAAGAAAAAAAAGAAAGAAAAGUCUGAAUUAAAAAUGAAACUUUUGGGGAAGGAUAAGCACAAGAAAGAUGCAAAAGUGAAAUCACCUAAAAGGCUGAAAACGCUGGGAGCAAGUAUUGAAAAAACAGAUCCACCCGAAACUGAAAAAUCUGAUGUCAUCCCAGUUAUUGAGUCACAGACAGAACUACAGGGGGAUCAACUAGCGCUUGAUACCAAUACCCAAAUAAUCAGCAGUGAGAGUCCAGCCAAAUCAGUGACAACACCGAUGAAAAUAAGUGUACCAGAGGUCGAACUUGAUAUAUCUGAUAUUGCACUUAUAAAAAAAUCUCAACAGAAAGGUGAAGAAAAAACGAAGAAAGGCAAGGGCAUUAAACAAAAAAAAGAAACAAAGACAGGUCCAACAUUCAAACUGCCUAAAAUAGGCUUGAGUGACAUUGCCACUGAGGAAACUAUACAACAAAUUAGCGUAAAUGUUGAAGAAUGCACAACAAAUAUCGAGCAAUUUACAACUGAGGGUAAAGAUGUGAAAGAAGACCCUUAUUACAAACUGUCAAAAAGCAGCCUUUCCAGAGCAGAACUUCCCAAACGUGAAGACAUUGAGAUUCCAGGUAUGGAGGAUGUGUCUAAAAGGACCACAGCCAAAGGAAUUAAAGUGCCUAAAGCUGUUUCUAUGGGACCCCAUGAAGAAAUUCAACCUGAAACUGUACAACUGUCAAUUGAUGUCGACAGCGUGAAAGAGGCAGUUUCAAAAUUGCCUGGAUUUAAGUUGCCUAAGGUUGACCCGACUGGAGUGCCAAUUCCUGAAGAAAUUACUGUGAUAGAUGCAAAUGCACAAAGAAUAUCAGUGAAAACACCAACAAAAGCUGUAGAUACCAAAACAAAACAUGAGGCACACUUCACUAAAUUUGAUGUAACUGCCUCUCCAGAAAUCCCCAAGACUCCAGUCAAACUACCAAAGAUCAAACCUGCUGAUUUAACUUCAGAAGAACUUUUAAGUGAGACGAAGGUAGAUUUCAAAGGAGCCAUUCAUCAGACACAAGAAAUUGAGAAAACAGAAGGUACAGAGGGCAUCAAAUCAGAAUAUCAACUCACAGCUGCUCUCAGCUCAAAAGAAUCAGAUAAGAAAUCAAAGAAGGCAAAGAUAGUAAUGCCUAGCUUCGGGAUUGCAAAACCAGACAUAAGAAUUCCUAACAUUGGAAUUGAUUUGCCAAAACAAACUAUCUCUGAGCAAAAAUAUGAUAAAGUAAAAGGAGAAAGGACUACAUUCCUCCAAGAAGGAAAGAUUGUAGGAGUCAUGUCUGAUACCAAAAUACCUGAAAUCGAAACAUCUGCAAUGACAGUUGGAGGUGAACUGAAAGCUCCCAGUGACAACACUGAAUACAUUGAUUCAGUAGGUGGUUCAUCAGCCAAGAAAGAUGGUGGCAUUAAGCUUAUGAGUUUUGGUGUUAAAAUCGAUGCUGCACAGGCAAAGGCUGAUGUCUCCUUUCCAGAGAUCAAAGGUGAAGUCAAAGAUUUUGAAGCUGAGGAGCACACAAUCAAACUGCCCACAUUUGGAACUGUUAUUCCGGACAUCAGUGUAAAUGUACCUGAUGCAACUAAGGAUAUACACAUUGAUAGGGCAGAGAUGAAGACACUUGAAAGAGAAGGAAAGGGUAGCAAGUUUAAAAUGCCAAGUCUUGGUAUCUCCAAGCCAAAGGUGAAAGGACCUAAAAUGGAUUUAAGCCUAUCAAAGACGGAUGUAGAUGUAAGACUCCCAGAAGCCCCAGAGUUUGAUGUCACGGUUGGAAGUGUAGAUGUUUCCAUUCCAGAGCAAAAGUUGGAAGUCAAAAAACCUGAACUGGAAAUCAAACCUCUGCAGUCUGAAGGUGAUCUUGAUGGACAAGGAAGCAAGUUCAAAAUGCCAAAGUUGGGAAUCAAAAUGCCAAAAAUAAAAAGGCCUGAAUUUGAUUUAAGCUUAUCAAAGAAAGACAUAGAUGUUACACUACCAGAGGCUAAAUGUGAGGUCGAAUUCCCAGAAGCCCCUGAUGUUAACGUUACUCUUGGAAACGUAGAUGUUUCCAUUCCAGAGCAAAAGCUGGAAGUAAAAAAACCUGAAUUGGAAAUCCAACCUCUGAAGUCUGAGGGUGAGCUUGAUGGACAAGGAAGCAAGUUCAAAAUGCCAAAGUUUGGUAUCAAAAUGCCCAAAAUUAAAGGUCCUGAAUUUGAUUUAAGCUUGUCAAAGAAAGAUGUAGAUGUCCCAGAGGCUACAGCUGAGGUCAAAUUCCCUGAAGCCCCUGACACUGAAAUUACUCUUGGAAGUGUAGAUGUUUCCAUUCCAAAGCAAAAGCUGGGUGUCAAAAAACCUGAAUUGGAAAUCCAACCUCUGAAGUCUGAAGGUGAUCUUGAUGGACAAGGAAGCAAGUUCAAAAUGCCAAAGUUUGGUAUCAAAAUGCCAAAAAUAAAGGGGCCUGAUUUUGAUUUAAGCUUAUCAAAGAAGGAUGUACAUGUCCCAGAGGCUACAGCUGAGGUCAAAUUCCCUGAAGCCCCCGAGAUUGAUGUUACUCAGGGAAACAUAGAUAUGUCUAUUCCUGAGCAAAAGAUGGAGGUUGAAAAACCUCAGUUGGAAAUCAAAUCUCUGGAGAUUGAAGGUGAACCUGAUGUACAAGGAGGCAAGUUCAAAAUGCCAAAGUUAGGUAUCAAAAUGCCAAAAAUAAAGGGGCCUGAAUUUGAUUUAAGCUUAUCAAAGAAGGACGUACAUGUCCCAGAGGCUACAGCUGAGGUCAAAUUCCCUGAAGCCCCCAAGACUGAUGUUACUCAGGGGAACAUAGAUGUUUCUAUUCCUGAGCAAAAGAUAGAGGUUGAAAAAUCUCUGUUGGAAAUCAAACCUCUGAAGAUUGAAGGUGAACUUGAUGGACAAGGAAGCAAGUUCAAAAUGCCAAAGUUGGGAAUCACAAUGCCAAAAGUCAAAGGGCCUGAAAUUGAUUUAAGCAUAUCAAAGAAGGACGUAGAUGUAACACUACCAGAAGCCAAAGCUGAAGUCAAUCUUCCUGAUGUUGAACUAAAAGAACCCUCUGCUAAAGUUGAAAUGAAAGGUGCAGGGAAGGCUACAGAAGGAUCACCAUCAAAAUUUAAAAUGCCUUCUUUCAAACUACCCAAAUUUGGACCUGCUACUCCAAAUGUCAGCGUUGAAAUAUCUGAUAAAAACAAAGACAUUCAAAUUCCUGAAACACAGCUAAAAACACCUAAAGAUGGUGGCAAAGUUGACAUUACAGUACCUAACAUUGAUAUUGAAAGUCCAUCUCUUGAUGUGAAAACAACAGCAGCUGAACUUGAUGGAAAAGGAAGCAAGUUCAAAAUGCCAAAAUUUGGAAUAUCAUUACCAAAAGUAAAGGGUCCUGAAAUUGAUUUAAGCUUAUCAAAGAGAGAUGUAGAUGUCACAUUGCCUGAAGCUGAAUCCGAAGUCAAACUUCCUGAUGUUGAACAUACAGAACAUGGAUUUAAAGUCAAGGUUAAAGCUUCAGAGAUUGAAGUUCACCAACAGGAUGUUGAAGGAUCACCAUCAAAACUUAAGAUACCUACAAUCACAAACAUCUCUGCAGAAGUACCUGAUAUUGACAAAGAUGUCAAAAUCGAUGGAGCUGACAUUAAUAUUCCAGAACAGGGGCCAGCGGUUCACAUUGCUACACCCAGCAUUGACAUUGAAGGGCCAUCAAUAGAUAUGAAAUCUACAGGUACUGAACAGGAGGGAAAAGGAAGCAAGUUUAAAAUGCCAAAGUUGGGAAUGGCAAUGCCAAACAUAAAAGGACCUGAAAUUCACUUUGGCUUAUCAAAGAAAGAUGCAGAUGUCACACUACCAGAAGCCAAAGCUGAAGUCAAACUCCCUGACGUUGAAGUAAAAGAACACUCUGCUAAAGUGGACAUUAAAUCUCCAGAGAAAAAAAUUUCGGCCAAAAGUACAGAUGGAUCUCCAUCAAAAUUUAAGAUGCCGACAUUCAAACUACCAAAAUUUGGUGUAGGUACUCCAAGCGUCUCUGCAGAAGUACCUGAUAUUGACAAAGAUGCCAAAAUCGAUGGAGCUGACAUUAAUAUUCCAGGGGAGGGUUCUCACAUUGCCACACCCAGCAUUGACAUUGAAAGCCCUUCAAUAGAUAUGAAGACUACAGUAACUGAACAGGAUGGAAAAGAAAGCAAGUUUAAAAUGCCACAUCUCGGUUUCUCCAUGCCAAAGGUGAAAGGACCAAAAAUUGAUUUAAGUUUGUCGAAGAAAGACGUAGAAGUCACAUUACCAGAGGCUAAAGCUGACAUCAAAAUUCCAGAACUAGAUGUUUCAAAAGUAGAUGUUUCAAUUCCAGAGGCUAAGAUGGAGGUCACAAAACCUGAAUUGGAAAUGCAGGAACUGCAGACUGAAGGUGAACUUGAUGGACAAGGAGAAAAGUUAAAAAUGCGAAAAAUAAAGGCGCCUGAAUUUGAUUUAAGCUUAUCAAAGACAGACGUAAUUGUCACACUGCCAGAGAUGAAAGCUGAGGGCAAACUCCCAGAUGCCCCUAAAAUUGAUGUAAGUCUUGGAAAAGCAAAGGUUUUGAUUCCUGAGGCAAAGGUAGAAGUUGAAAAACCUGAGUUGAAAAUUAAACCUUUGCAUACUGAAGUUGAACUUGAAGGACAAGGAAGUAAGUUCAAAAUGCCAAAGAUUGGAAUGUCAAUGCCAAAGGUAAAAGCACCUGAAAUUGAUUUAAGUUUAUCAAAGAAAGAUAAAGAUAUCACACUACCAGAUGUUAAAGCUGGAGUUGAACUCCCGGAAGCUCCUAAAAUUGCUGUGGAUAUGAAAUCGUCAGAGUGUGAAGCAGAUGUUGAUAGGCAUGGAAGCAAGUUUAAAAUGCCAAAGCUUGGAAUCACAAUGCCAAAAGUAAAAGGGCCUGAAAUUGAUUUGAGCUUUGCAAAGAAAGAUGUAGAUGUGUCACUACCAGAAACCAAAGCUGAAGUUCAACUCCCUGAUGUUGAAGUAAAAGAACCUUCUGCCAAAGUGGAAAUUAAAGCACCUGCAAUUGAUGUUCAGACAAGUAAUGUUGAAGCACCAUCAUCAAAAUUUAAAUUGCCAUCAUUCAAAUUUCCUAAAUUUGGAGCUGCCACGCCAAAUGUUGAGGUACCUGAUACGGCCAAAGAAAUUAAAAUUGAUGGAGCUGACAUGGAUGUAUCUGUGCCACAGAAAGAUAUUGAUGUACCAGAAGUUAAAGCAGGGAUCAAUUUGCCAGAGGUUGACGUCAAAGGCAGUGUUAUGAUGGAGCAACAGCCAAGUGUUGAAGUAGAUGCAAAACAGAAAAAGCCAAGGUUUUCACUGUCGGGAUUUUCUUUUUCAAAACCAAGUGUUAAGGCCGUGGAAGUUGAUGUCAGUGCUCAGGGUGUGAAUGCUGCAAUUCCAGAGGGAAAGGUUGAACUAAAAGGAGGGGAAGUGGAUAUGAAACCACCAGAAUGUGAAGCAGAAAUAGACAAGCAAGGAAGCAAGUUUAAAAUGCCAAAGUUUGGAAUCUCAAUGCCAAAGGUAACAGGGCCUGAAAGUGAUUUAAGUUUAUCAAAGAAAGAUGUAGAUGUGACAUUACCAGAAGCCAAAGUUGAAGUCAAACACCCUGAAGUUGAAGUGAAAGAACCUUCUGCUGAAGUGGAAAUUAAAGCUCCUGAAAUCAAAGUUGCAACAAAACAUACAGAAGAAUCACCAUCAAAAUUUAAGAUGCCAACAUUCAAAUUACCCAAAUUUGGAGCUGCUACUCCAAAGGUCAGUGUGGAAGUACCUGAUGUAAACAAAGACAUUAAAAUUGAUGGAGCAAAGCUUGAGGUACCUAAAGAGGGAGCUACAGUGGAUGUUACAGCACCCAGCAUUGACACUGAAGGCCUAUCUGUAGAUGUGAAAGCUAAAGGAAGUGAACUUGAGGGAUCAGGGAGCAAGUUUAAAAUGCCAAAGUUUGACAUCUCAAUGCCUAAAGUAAAAAUGCCUGAAAUUGAUUUAAGCUUAUCAAAGAAAGACAUAGAUGUCCCAUUACCAGAGGCUAAAGCUGAGUUCAAGCUGCCAGAUGUUGAAGUCAAUGAACCUGAAGCUGCCGUUUCAGUACCUGAUGCACCUGAUGUUAAAAUUGAUGGAGCGGGCAUUAAAAUUCCUGAAGACGUUCUUGCAGUUAACAUUGCAGCACCCAGCAUUGACACUGAUGGCCCAUCAAUAGAUGUGAAACUUACAGAAACUGAACAUGAGGGAAAGGGAAGCAAGUUUAAACUGCCAAGUCUCGGUUUCUCUAUUCCUCAAGUCAAAGGGCCUGACAUUGAUUUAAGCUUAUCAAAGAAAGAUGUAGAUGUAACACUACCAGAAGCCAAAGCUGAAGUUCAACUCCCUGAUGUUGAAGUAAAAGAACCUUCUGCCAAAGUGGAAAUUGAAGCUCCUGGAAUUGACAUUCAGACCAGUAACACUGACGGAUCACCAUCAAAAUUCAAAAUGCCAACAUUAAAAUUACCUACACUUGGAGCUGCUACUCCACAGGUCAGUGUAGAAGUACCUGAUGUGGACAAAGACAUUAAAGUGGAUGGAGCAGAUUUAACAUUGCCAGAAGCAAAAGCUGAAGUCAAAAUCCCUGAUGCCAAAUUGAAAAAGUCAAGAUUUUCAUUACCCAAAUUUUCAUUUUCAAAGCAAAGUACAAAACAGCCUGAGGUCGAUGUCAGUCUCCCAGAAGUUGACGUUUCUCUUCCUGAAGGAAAUGUGGAGGUCAAACAACCUGAAAUGGAGCUUAAGCCACCAAAAGGUGAUGCAGAAGUAGAUGGACAGGAAAGCAAAUUUAAAAUGCCAAAGUUUGGCAUCUCAGUGCCAAAAGUAAAAGGGCCUGAAAUUAAUUUAAGUUUAUCUAAGAAAGAUGGAGACGUCACACUCCCAGAAGCUGAAGUUCAACUUCCAGAUGUUGAAAUGAAACAACUGUCUGCUAAAAUGGAAAUUAAGGCUCCUGAAACUGAAGCUCAAUCAGGUAACGUUGAAGGACUCUCAUCAGAACUUAAAAUGCCAACAUUCACAUUACCCGAAUUUGGAGCUGCUACUCCAAAGGUCAGUGUGGAAGUACCUGAUGUAAACAAAGACAUUAAAAUUGAUGGAGCAAAGCUAGAGGUACCUAAAGAGGGAGCUACGUUGAAUGUUAUAGCACCCAGCAUUGACACUGAAAGCCUAUCUGUAGAUGUGAAAGCUAAAGGAAGUGAUCUUGAAGGAUCAGGGAGCAAGUUUAAAAUGCCAAAGUUUGACAUCUCAAUGCCUAAAGUAAAAAUGCCUGAAAUUGAUUUAAGUUUAUCAAAGAAAGACAUAGAUGUCCCAUUACCAGAGGCUAAAGCUGAGGUCAAACUGCCAGAUGUUGAAGUCCAUGAACCUGAAGCUGCCAUUUCAGUACCUGAUGCACCUGAUGUAGCUGGUACUCCAAGUGCCACUGUAGUAGUACCCGACAUGGACAAAGACAUUAAAAUUGAUGGAGCGGGCAUUAAAAUUCCUGAAGACAUUCUUGCAGUUAACAUUGCAGCACCCAGCAUUGACGCUGAAGGCCCAUCAAUAGAUGUGAAACUUACAGGAACUGAACAUGAGGGAAAGGGAGGCAAGUUCAAACUGCCAAGUCUCGGUUUCUCUAUGCCUCAAGUCAAAGGGCCUGACGUUGAUUUAAGCUUAUCAAAGAAAGAUGUAGAUGUAACACUACCAGAAGCCAAAGCUGAAGUUCAACUCCCUGAUGUUGAAGUAAAAGAACCUUCUGCCAAAGUGGAAAUUGAAGCUCCUGGAAUUGACAUUCAGACCAGUAACACUGAGGGAUCACCAUCAAAAUUCAAAAUGCCAACAUUAAAAUUACCUACACUUGGAGCUGCUACUCCACAGGUCAGUGUAGAAGUACCUGAUGUGGACAAAGACAUUAAAGUGGAUGGAGCAGAUUUAACAUUGCCAGAAGCAAAAGCUGAAGUCAAAAUCCCUGAUGCCAAAUUGAAAAAGUCAAGAUUUUCAUUACCCAAAUUUUCAUUUUCAAAGCAAAGCACAAAACAGCCUGAGGUCGAUGUCAGUCUCCCAGAAGUUGAUGUUUCUCUUCCAGAAGGAAAUGUGGAGGUCAAACAACCUGAAGUGGAGCUUAAGCCACCAGAAGGUGAUGCAGAAUUGGAUGGACAAGAAAGCAAGUUUAAAAUGCCAAGGUUUGGCAUCUCAAUGCCAAAAGUAAAAGGGCCUGAAAUUAACUUAAGCUUAUCAAAGAAAGAUGUAGAUAUUACACUCCCAGAGGCUGCAGUUCAACUUCCAGAUGUCAAAAUGACACAACAGCCUGCCAAAAUAGAAAUUGAAGCUCCAGAAACUGAAGCUCAAACAGGUAAUGUUGAAGGACUCUCAUCAGAACUUAAAAUGCCAACAUUCAAAUUACCCAAAUUUGAAGCUGCUACUCCAAAGGUCAGUGUGGAAGUACCAGAUGUAAACAAAGACAUUAAAAUUGAUGGAGCAAAGCUAGAGGUACCUAAAGAGGGAGCUAUGGUGGAUGUUACAGCACCCAGCAUUGACACUGAAGGCCUAUCUGUAGAUGUGAAAGCUAAAGGAAGUGAUCUUGAAGGAUCAGGGAGCAAGUUUAAAAUGCCAAAGUUUGACAUCUCAAUGCCUAAAGUAAAAAUGCCUGAAAUUGAUUUAAGUUUAUCAAAGAAAGACAUAGAUGUCCCAUUACCAGAGGCUAAAGCUGAGUUCAAGCUGCCAGAUGUUGAAGUCAAUGAACCUGAAGCUGCCGUUUCAGUACCUGAUGCACCUGAUGUAGCUGGUACUCCAAGUGCCACCAUAGAAGUACCCGACAUGGACAAAGACAUUAAAAUUGAUGGAGCGGGCAUUAAAAUUCCUGGAGACGUUCUUGCAGUUAACAUUGCAGCACCCAGUAUUGACACUGAUGGCCCAUCAAUAGAUGUGAAACUUACAGGAACUGAACAUGAGGGAAAGGGAAGCAAGUUUAAACUUCCAAGUCUUGGUUUCUCUAUUCCUCAAGUCAAAGGGCCUGACAUUGAUUUAAGCUUAUCAAAGAAAGAUGUAGAUGUAACGCUACCAGAAGCCAAAUCUGAAGUUCAACUUCCUGAUGUUGGAGUAAAAGAACCUUCUGCCAAAGUGGAAAUUGAAGCUCCUGGAAUUGACAUUCAGACCAGUAACACUGAAGGAUCAAAAUUCAAAAUGCCAACAUUAAAAUUACCCAAAUUUGGAGGUGCUACUUCACAGGUCAGUGUAGAAGUACCUGAUGUGGACAAAGACAUUAAAGUGGAUGGAGCAGAUUUAACAUUGCCAGAAGCAAAAGCUGAAGUCAAAAUCCCUGAUGUUGAAAUCAAAGAGCCCACAGGCUCAAUUUCAGUAUCACAGGAACCAAUAAUAGAGAGUGAUGCCAAGUUGAGAAAGCCAAGCUGGACAUUACCAAGAUUUUCAUUUUCAAAGACAAGUGUUAAGCCCCUUGAAGCUGAAGUCAAUCUUGAUGUCCCAAAAGUUGACGUUACAUUACCAGAAACCAAAACAGAUGUACAUCUUCCAGAUAUUGACAUCAAACAAUCCUCAGAUAUUUCAAUAGAGGGGGCACCUGCUAUGGACCCUGAUGCCAAAUUGAAAAAGUCAAGAUUUUCAUUAUUUUCAUUUUCAAAGCAAAGUACAAAACAGCCUGAGGUCGAUGUCAGUCUCCCAGAAGUUGGUGUUUCUCUUCCAGAAGAAAAUGUGGAGGCCAAACAACCUGAAGUGGAGCUUAAGCCACCAAAAGGUGAUGCAGAAGUAGAUGGACAGGAAAGCAAGUUUAAAAUGCCAAAGUUUGGCAUCUCAAUGCCAAAAGUAAAAGGGCCUGAAAUUAAUUUAAGUUUAUCUAAGAAAGAUGGAGACGUCACACUCCCAGAAUCAGCUCCUGAAACUGAAGCUCAAACAGGUGAUGUUGAAGGAUCCCCAUCAAAACUUAAAAUGCCAACAUUCACAUUACCCAAAUUUGGAGCUGCUACUCCAAAGGUCAGUGUGGAAACACCUGAUGUAAACAAAGACAUUAAAAUUGACGAAGCAAAGCCGGAGGUACCUAAAGAGGGAUCAGGCAGCAUGUUUAAAAUGCCGAAGUUUGGCAUCUCAAUGCCAAAAGGAAAAGGACCUGAAACUGAUUUAAGCUUAUCAAAGAAAGAUGUAGAUGUCACACUCCCAGGAGCUAAGGUUCAACUUCCAGAUGUGAAAAAGAAACAACCGUCAGCUAAAACGGAAAUUAAAGCUCCUGAAACUGAAGCUCAAACAGGUAAUGUUGAAGGAUCCCCAUCAAAACUUAAAAUGCCAACAUUCACAUUACCCAAAUUUGGAGCUGCUACUCCAAAGGUCAGUGUGGAAACACCUGAUGUAAACAAAGACAUUAAAAUUGAUGAAGCAAAGUCGGAGGUACCUAAAGAGGGAUCAGGGAGCAUGUUUAAAAUGCCGAAGUUUGGCAUCUCAAUGCCAAAAGGAAAAGGACCUGAAACUGAUUUAAGCUUAUCAAAGAAAGAUGUAGAUGUCACACUCCCAGGAGCUAAGGUUCAACUUCCAGAUGUGAAAAAGAAACAACCGUCAGCUAAAACGGAAAUUAAAGCUCCUGAAACUGAAGCUCAAACAGGUAAUGUUGAAGGAUCCCCAUCAAAACUUAAAAUGCCAACAUUCACAUUACCCAAAUUUGGAGCUGCUACUCCAAAGGUCAGUGUGGAAACACCUGAUGUAAACAAAGACAUUAAAAUUGACGAAGCAAAACCGGAGGUACCUAAAGAGGGAUCAGGGAGCAUGUUUAAAAUGCCGAAGUUUGGCAUCUCAAUGCCAAAAGUAAAAGAGCCUGAAACUGAUUUAAGCUCAUCAAAGAAAGAUGUAGAUGUCACACUCCCAGGAACUAAGGUUCAACUUCCAGAUGUGAAAAAGAAACAACCGUCUGCUAAAACGGAAAUUAAAGCUCCUGAAACUGAAGCUCAAACAGGUAAUGUUGAAGGAUCUCCAUCAAAACUUAAAAUGCCAACAUUCACGUUACCCAAAUUUGGAGCUGCUACUCCAAAGGUCAGUGUGGAAACACCUGAUGUAAACAAAGACAUUAAAAUUGACGAAGCAAAGCUGGAGGUACCUAAAGAGGGAUCAGGGAGCAUGUUUAAAAUGCCGAAGUUUGGCAUCUCAAUGCCAAAAGUAAAAGAGCCUGAAGUUGAUUUAAGUCUAUCAAAAAAAGACGUUGAUGUCCCAGUACCAGAGGCUAAAGCUAAGGUCAAACUGCCAGAUGUCGAAGUCAAACAAUCUGAAGUACCUGAUGCAUCAGUUGAGGAUGAGGCUAUGUCGAAACGACCAAACUGGGCAUUUCCAAGAUUUUCGUUUUCAAGGACAGGAGGUAAAGCUCCUGAUGUUGAUGUCAACCUUGAAACACCCAAAGUUGAUGUUACAUCACCAGAGUUGAAAGCAGAGGUCUGUGUACCAGAUGUUGAAAUUAAAGGACCUUCGAUGGCUAUUUCGAUGGAAGAGCCACCUGCUGAAGAAGUUGAUGCAAACUUGAAAAAACCUAGAUUUUCCCUGCCGAGAUUUUCUUUUUCAAAGUCCAGUGUUAAAGAACCCGAAGUCAGUGCUGACCUUCCACAUGUUGAUGUUUCUCUUCCAGAGGGAGAAGUGAAAGUAAAACAACCUGAAAUGGAAAUCAAAGAUCCUGAGCUUGAAGCUGAACAUGAUGGACAAGGAAGCAAGUUUAAGUUGCCAAAAUUUGGCAUAGCACUACCAAAAGCAAAAGGACCUGAAGUUGAUUCAAAUGCACCACAGAAAGACGUAGAUGUUACACUGCCAGAAGUUAAAGCAGAGGUCAAACUCCCAGAAGCUGAAGUCAAAGAAUUGUCAGCUAAUGUGGAAAUUAAAUCUUCAGAGAUUGAAGCUAAGUCAAAAGAUGUUGGAGGGUCACCAAUGAAAUUUAAAAUGCCAACACUGAAAAUGCCGAAAUUUGGAGGUGCUUCCCAAGAUGUCACCACAGAAGCACCUGAUGUGGACAAAGUAACUGAAACAGAUGGAGCUAAAAUUAAGGAGGAUGUUACUGUCAAUAUCAAAGGUCCAAGUGUUGAUAUUAAAACGGAUGUCUCCAAAGUAGCAGUAUCAGAUUCUGAAACACCAAAGGCUGAGACUGACAGUGUGGGUCUUGGCUCUCCAAGUAAAUUCAAACUAUCAUUAUUUAAAAUGCCAAAGCUGAAUUUUUCAAGACCCAAAACUGAAGAUGAACAUGUCUCUAUUGACACAGAAUGUAAAGAUAAUCAGCUAGAGAUGGAGGUUGAACCCAAAGAAGAGAGUAAAUCACCAAAAAUGACUUUGACAUCAUUUGGUGAGAUCCUCAAGAAUAUUGAUGUUGAAUUUGAUGUGCCAAAAACGGACAAAGAGGAGGAAAAUCUUGACACCUCAAAGGAAGUUCAUGAAACAGCUGAACUCAAAAAGCAAGAGGCAAAGGGAACGGAAACAAAUACCAAGCAAGAUACUACCAAAAGUUCUGAGAGGACAGGCUGGUUUAAAUUCCCCAAAUUUGGACUGUCCUCUCCAUCAGAACCUGCAAAGGUUUCCGAAAAAGACGAGCACAAGGAUGAAAAGAGCCCAGUAGGGGAAACAGUGGAUGAGGAAAUAAGUCCCACCUGUUCUGUCCAGUCAUCAGAUGCCUUUGCUGAUAUUAGCUCUACAAUGACAAGUGAGCAUGUUGGCCUGUCCUUAUCUUCCCCAACCAAGGUAACUGUCAAAUAUUCAGAUCCUAACUUUAAAACAGGGCUUGGAGAGAUGCAUAGUAACAUUAUUACUUCCACCACUAGGACUGAGCUGAUAUCAGUUGAGCCCAACUUGCCUGAGAAAAUCACCAUUCUGUCAUCUGGACUUUCAUCUUCAUCAGAGGACACGCUCAGACUGGAAUCUGGAAAAAUUCACGUCAUUACAUCAAACAUACAAGCGACCCCAGAAACACAGCAGGCCAAGAUUCUAACCGCUGUCCAAGUCCAAUCGGCUGGAGGCCUUCCCCUGCAAUCAGAGGCUAAAGAAGCUGCAUCGUGGACUGUUGAAAACACACAAAGUGGCAGGAGAACAGUCUUCGAGAAACUCUUAGUUAGGGAAACAUCGAGUGAAAGCAAAGAAACAAUUGUUAAAACUAAACAAACUACACAUAUAUUUGACUCUGCUGAGCCCAUCUCAGAUGAGACAGCAACAUCCAUUCAACGACUAAAAGACUCUGUGCACUCUGAGAAAAUGAGGUUUUUUGAUGGCGCUAAGAAGUGAAAUAACUUGAUGUAAACUACAUCUAAAGAUAACGUUCCUGGUUGCCUAGCAUCAAUGACUGGCGGGUUCUGAAUUUCACUGGUCAUAGUCAUGCAACAGAAAGGUGAGAUAGAAAACAGAUUGGCGACUGAAAAAGACUGUUAGCA